GAUGCUUCACGUCCCAAGCGGAACAGGCACAAGAUGGCGGCUGAGCGGCAGGUGCCCGGGAGCGGCGGCGGCGGCCGUGGUACCGGUGGUAGCGGCGGCGCUAGUUCCAUGGCAGCCCUAGAGGAUAACAAGGAGAAUGAAAAACCCAAGUCCGGUGGCCUCGGAGAUAGCCUGGGCCUGGAGAUUCUUCAGAUUAUUAAAGAAUCACAACAGCAACAUGGCCUACGUCAUGGUGAUUUUCAGAGAUAUAGAGGUUAUUGCUCCCGUCGACUAAGGAGGCUCAGAAAAACUCUUAACUUCAAGAUGGGAAAUAGGCACAAGUUCACGGGGAAAAAAAUAACAGAAGAGCUAUUAUCUGACAACAGAUAUUUACUCCUGAUUCUUAUGGAUGCUGAAAGAGCCUGGAGUUAUGCAAUGCAGCUCAAGCAAGAAGCUAACACAGAACCACGCAAACGUUUUCAUUUGUUAUCUCGCCUACGCAAAGCAGUAAAACAUGCUGAGGAACUAGAACAUCUCUGUGAAAGUAGCCGGGUGGAUGCCAAGACAAAGCUGGAAGCUCAGGCAUACACAGCUUACCUUACAGGUAUGCUUCGAUUUGAACAUCAGGAAUGGAAGGCAGCAAUGGAGGCUUUCAACAAGUGCAAAACCAUUUAUGAAAAGCUGGCUAGUGCUUUCACAGAAGAGCAGGCAAUAUUAUAUAAUCAGCGUGUGGAAGAAAUCUCUCCAAAUAUUCGUUAUUGCGCUUAUAAUAUUGGUGACCAGUCUGCUAUUAGUGAGCUAAUGCAAAUGAGGCUGAGGACUGGAGGUACUGAAGGUCUCCUUGCUGAAAAACUAGAGUCAUUAAUCACACAGACUCGAGCAAAGCAGGCAGCCACUAUGAGUGAGGUGGAAUGGAGGGGAAGAACUGUGCCUGUGAAAAUAGACAAAGUGAGAAUCUUUCUGUUGGGGUUGGCAGAUACUGAAGCAGCUAUAACUCAAGCAGAAGAAGAAGAAACUAAAGAACGUUUGUUUGAAUCUUUACUGAGUGAGUGCCGGGAUGCAAUACAAGCCGUUCGCGAAGAGCUGAAGCCAGAUCAGAAGCAACGGGAUCACACUUUGGAAAUAGAUUCUGGAAAAGUCAGUAAUAUUCAGUAUCUGCACAGUUACCUGACCUACAUCAAGCUGUCUACAGCAAUCAAGCGCAAUGAGAGCAUGGCAAAGGCACUACAGAAGGCACUCCUUCGUCAGCAGCAGCCCGAGGAAGAUGGCAAGCGUGUUCCUCGACCUCAGGAUUUGAUACGCCUUUAUGACAUCAUCUUGCAGAAUCUGGCAGAAUUGCAACAACUUCCUGGCCUAGAAGAAGAUAAAAGCUACCUGAAGGAAAUAGGAAUAAAGACCUUGGUGUAUAAGGCUUACCGAUGCUUUUUCAUUGCACAGUCAUAUGUCCUGGUGAAAAAAUGGAGUGAAGCUCUUGUUUUGUAUGAUCGAGUGCUGAAAUACGCCACUGAAGUUCAGGCUAAAGCAGGGACUAAAAAAAGCAACUUAAAGGAGCUACCUGAUGUUCAGGAUCUGAUUACUCAAGUAAAUGCAGAAAAAUACUCCUUGCAAGCAGCUGCCAUAUUAGAUGCUGAUGACAGUCAUGAGGUAGAAUCUCCAUCCCAGGUCAAAGAUGGCAAGCCACUUUCUGAACGAUUUGAGAUUUUCUGCCUGGAUCCUUCUCUUGUCAGCAAGCAAGCAACUCUGGUGCAUUUCCCUCCAGAAUUCCAGCCAAUUCCAUGCAAGCCUUUAUUUUUUGAUCUGGCUCUCAACCACGUCACUUUCCCACCCCUGGAAGAUAAAGUAGAGCAGAAAGCAAAGAGUGGUCUUACAGGAUAUAUCAAAGGCAUCUUUGGAUUCCGGAGUUAACCAGGGCUCUUUUCAAGGAAAAUGUUUCCUUUAUAUUGGGGAAAUCUGCAACAGGUUCAGACCUUAUCUGCUUGAGUCUAAAAUCCACAUGGGAGGUUUUCAAUAUUUUCCAGUAUUCUGUCUAUCCAUCCAAUUUAUUAGAACCAUUUCAAUCUGAGAACAUAAAAAAUGUGCUCUGUCUCCAGCCUUAUCUCAAACUGAAGAAAACACCUGAGGUCUGAAUCCACUCACACCGAGUGCCUCAGGCAGGAACAAGUAUCCAUUUUGUAAGGAUCAUUUAUUUUUGGUAGCUGAUACCACAAAUUUAAUUUUUAAAAAGCUAACUCAGUCGUCUGGACAAGACACAGCAGAGGGAAACCAAAGGCACAGAUUUUUACAGAAUUGAACUGCCUCAACCAGAAUCUGUAAAAACUCAGUUUAAUUGAUCCUUGUACUGCCUGCCGAGUUUAAUUUUCACUUCUAACUAUGGAUUGAAGAUCAGAGUUGAUAGAUUAUGUUUAAAAUCCAUAUAGUAGAUUAUACUACAGGCUUUAAAGAAUAUCCUUAUAUAAACUUUCCUUUAAAAGGCAUCACUUCCUAAUAAGUUCUUAGAGGAUCUCUUUUGGAUACUAAAGAGCCUCAGCUUCAGAAAGUUAUUCUCCAUUUCUGCAUUAAAAGCCCUUUCGUUUUUUUAUUUUUUUUCUCAUUCAAUUUAUUUGAAUUGGCAAAUUGGAAAGGAUGCUUAUUUUGUACUUUUCAUCCUUUCUGAAAAUUAUACAUUGUGGUUUUAAAUAAUCCACUUUGUGAAAACUCAAUAAAUGAAGCCACUGGAAUCUUAAGCAAUAAAGAUUUUAGUCAGAUAUUAAGAGGCAUUUUUUUGUGAGAACAUUUACAAGUGUGGUAGGAAUUCCAAUAUCUUAAUAUCUUUUCCCAAAAUGAAACAAAGAAAAAUAUCUAUCUAGAUACAUCUUUUAAAUAUGUGUUCUGUUUCCAGCUAUAUUAUUAGUCUUAAAUGUAAUCUAGUUAGUCUGAAAUAUUACUUGGAUCAGCUAGUCUUUAGCUAUCUUUUAGUGUUCAUACAGCACCAUAUUUUUGUCAUACUCCGUUCCAGUUUUGCUCUGCUGCUUCUUGGCUUUGUUAAAAACAGUAUUAAAAUUGGAUUAUUCAGUUAGGAAUGUUCCACAAAAACAGUUUCUCUAGCAUUGUGCUAAUACACUCUAGAGAAUUAUAAUUUCCAAACCAAAUUGGGUGUAAUUGUACCAAAAUUAUUGGGACUGUUUAUCUUGUAUGAAAAGCUAUCACAAUUCUCAUUAGGACUUAAUUGUGCCACUUCUGUUUUAAAAUACGUGUGUGAAAUGGACUCUCUGGUCUGUUGGGCGAGUAGAAUUUUAUAGAAAAAACUUAUUGUAGGGGGGAAAGGAAGCAAAAGAUAUUUUUUACUGUAUCAAGUGAUUAAAUUUGAGAUUGAGAUGGGGCAUGAUAAACUGAUAAUUUAUCAGUUUUCUUAAAACCUUAAAUGGAAAUAACAGAUUUGACUCAAGAAACUAUGGCCCAGUAUCAUUUUUGGAAAUAUGUCUGUUAGGGUUUUUCUUUUGUGGAUUGUAUUUUGCUUCAAACUUCCUGUCCUGAUUUUGAAUUAAAUCCAAGAAUUGUAUUCUUAAGAGGUGCAAUACAACUUAUUUUUGUUUACCUCCCACCUCCAAACUUUUGGGUAACUGGUACAUUCCGCUCCAUUUAUCUCUGCUGCCUUAAUUAGUUAUAAAAUAUUUGUUAAGAUGUGGCACAAAGUAUACUAGAAAGACAGAAAAGAAACCUUUAAACAAUAAAGACAUAUUCUUGCUACAGCCCAGUUUUAAACAGUUUAAACAAUUCAACUGCAUGUUCUGCUUUCAUUUAAACUUUCCUUCCUGUAACAUUUGAAGAACACCUUUGCAAGUAGGAUUUUUCCCAGAGAACUAAACAUAUGACUUGAUUGUUACAAUAAAAAUGUUUACGGUUA